UCAUCAAGCAACACAAUUAUUGGGUGCCUUGCAAUCACCCUCCUCAUCAGUGGCAAAGCCUCAUACUUCAGUGUCGACAGAUAUCAGAAGUGGAUAUUUCUAUAGCAACAAACAAUUACCACACUAGGAAACCUUUCCGUUUCUCGUAAAGUGAAAAAAAAGAGAGAGAAAAGAAACUGAACGAAAGAAAGAUAUAUCAGAAUGACAGAAACAAAAUAGCAAUAAAAAUAACAGAAAAGAAAAAUCACAGUAACAACGAAAAAGGAAAAUAAUAACCAUAAUAAUAGCAACAAACGUAGCAGAAAAGAAAAAUUAUGCAAGAUGAUCAACCGAUUCAACUUCGUCCCAACUGCGAUGACGAUGGCGACACUGCUGCCGAUGCUGCGCCUCCUCCUGUCGGGCAUCCUGCAGGAGACGCAGCAGGCGAGGCGGGACUUCGAGCCCCCAAGGCAUCUCGCCAGAUAUUAUGACUUCAUUGUGGUGGGCUCGGGCUCCGGCGGCAGCGUCACAGCCUCGCGUCUCUCGGAGGUGCCGGAGUGGAAAGUGCUGGUGCUGGAGGCCGGGGGGCUCCCGCCGCAGGAGAGCUACGUGCCGGGGCUGGUCGGCCUCGGCUACUUCCGCGGGAAUAACAACUGGGAUUACGUCACGGAACCCCAGCGACACGGCCUCAAGAACUUCGUCGAGAGGCGCGGUACGAUCCCGCACGCGCGUGUGCUGGGGGGCUCCACCACCACCAACGGCAUGCUGUACGUCCGGGGGAACCGCCUGGACUUCGACCACUGGGCCGACUUUGGCAACCCUGGCUGGGACUACGACUCGGUCCUCUACUACUUCAAAAAGGCCGAGGACUACCGAGGCAUUCCCACCAACGAGACAGAACAAUACCACGGCCGCGGUGGCCCUCUGGUUGUUACCCCUGAACCCAAAACGGGAAAACUUGCACAGGCGUUCCUCUACGCCGGAAUGGAACUUGGGUUUCAUGUCGUCGACCCGAACGGGCGGGAGCAGAUAGGAUUCGCUAAGCCGGAAUAUACCAUCUGCGGCGGCCUCCGGUGUUCCGUCGCCCAGGCCUACCUCCGUCCCGCCCUGCGUCGCAACCCGAAUCUACACGUUCUCUACGACGCCUUCGUCUACAGGCUUGCCAAAUAUAACAAAAUACAAAAUCCAUGUAUGGAAAUUACAUAUAAUACAAAUAAAAUAUUACAGGUCUUAUUCAACAAGCAUAAAAGAGCUAUUGGUGUGCAGUACGCUUACAGAGGAAGAAUUCACACAGCUUAUGCCAAAAAGGAAGUUAUAAUCUCAGCUGGUGCCCUGGCGUCCCCCAAACUCUUAAUGCUGUCUGGAGUCGGUCCUUCGCCGCAUCUGAAACACCACAAGCUGAAGGUGGUGGCUGACGUACCAGGUGUGGGCCAGAACCUCCAAGAUCACCUCGGUGUCUACGGCCUCACCUGGACCAUCAUGCCCAACAGCGUCGACACCUUGAACAACGUCGCGUCUCUGGAGUCCGUGCAGAGAUAUGUGCAUUAUAGAAAAGGAACAUUCUCGGCACCUCUCGGGGACUACGGAAGUGCGUGGGCCAAGGUCACGAAAGACGGCGAUCCUUCGUUCCCGGAUGUGCAGCUUUAUCUCUCGCCCGCAGCUUUUAAUAUGGACAUGGGCCUUUUCUUGCCGCAUAUAUAUGGAUUUGAUAGGAAUAAAUACAGUGAUUACGCAAGUCCUCUCUUCGGCCGCGACGGAUUCACAAUGAACCUUUACCUCUUGAGACCCAAAAGUCGUGGAGCGGUUUCACUUAGGUCGAAAAGGCCUCGAGACCUGCCUGUUAUUGAUCCCAAUUACAUGAGCCAUCCGUAUGAUGUGGAAACUCUGAUCGAAGGAAUCCGAUUUGCAAUAAAAGUGGGAAAUUGCACUUCCCUCACAAAGCGGUUCAAGGCCAAGUUUCACGACAUGAUUGUUCCUGGCUGCGAGGGGAUAGUCUUCAACACCAAUAGAUACUGGGCCUGUUAUAUCAAGCACAUGGCCUCCUCCUUCUGGCAUCCUGCAGGCACUUGCAAGAUGGGGCCUGACACUGAUCCUCUUGCAGUGGUGGACAGUAGACUAAGGGUGAGAGGUGUGAGAGGUCUCCGUGUCAUAGAUGCCUCCAUAAUGCCAGUGGUGGUAUCUGGCAACCCCAAUGCCCCGGUGAUCAUGAUUGGCGAAAAGGGAGCUGACAUGAUCAAAGAAGAUUGGGGCAUGCACGCCCACAUGUAGUUCCUGUUAGAGGCUCAGAUUCUCUUGUAAUUCCGUGUCAUAAUUCCUCCCUUGAGAUGAUCUUGUAAAUUUCUGCUAUGAAUGUUCCUAUGAGUUUUUAAUUUAAGUACAGGUGAAUGAAUGGUUGAUGUUUGUUAAUAAAUAUAAUAACUACA